CUCCACUAAGUAUUCUCCAAAUUUGAUCAGAAAUUUACCAAAAAUUCCAACAGCAGUUAGCCCCAUAUAUUUCAGAUUAGUAUAAUAUACAUCACCGCUAAAAUGGACAAACAGCCGGUUGACAAGACCACCGGCAUUUCCGAUCCCAAAUCUCGAAAACUAAAGUUCGCCGGUUGUUGCCAUUUGAAGGAUGAGGCCCUAGCGGGCCUCUACAGGAUCGAUCAACUUACCGAUGAGGAGCUGGCCUCCGUGGGCCUGGAGCGAACCUCUCUAAUCGAUGACUACCGUCAUCUGCAUGAGGUCUCUAUGAUGAGGCAGCGGGAAAACCGAAGUCAAGCUCAGGCUCUCGAUCUUAAAAUAAUUCGGUCCAAGUUGCCACAAUUGCGAAUGCAGGAGCACAAGCCCACCAAGUUGUACAAAUUUCAGUUGCUCAAUCAAUUGGUUAAGGUGAUGAGUUUCGAAAAGGAGCCGGAAGCUAUAUUCAACGAACAGCAGUUUGAGUUCGAUGCGGAUUACCAUGAGGACGAAGAGGUUCAGAGGAUGCCGCCAAAGGAGCGUCAACGUCGCCGCUUUGAAUCAUUUUGCGAUCAUCUAGACAACAUGUUCAUCAGCGGCGAUCGCAACAUGGCCAUCAAUGUAGUCGUGGACGCUCUCAUCCGCUUGAAUAGGCGUCGCAAGCACAUGCCUAUAAAUGUUCCUAUGAAUCCCAGUCGUCUCUUGCCGGUUCCCAGGCGCGAGUAUUAAAUAUAAGGAAAUGAUACCACAACCACUACUAGCAUUCAACCACAAAAUCAUUCCAAUGCGUGUGAUAGUAUAGGAAAAGCUUGGAAACCGGAUGCAGUCGUUUUCAUUUUGUUAAUUUUUAUUUCGAUUCUCCACGGAAAUACACUUCUCCCCAGUAUAUUAUAUUUUAAACACAAUUUAAAUUAAAUUUCGAUUUUCAAUUCAAA